CAAGGAUCUGGACGAUCCACAGGUAGGCGGGCGUGAUUCAAAUUCUUAAACCCUCAAAAACCUAAAAUUUUGGGCGUCGCCUAGGCUCCCUUCCCGUCUUGUUUCAUCCUCCAUUUCACUUUUCAUCCUCCCCCCACUUUGAAUUCGGGAACGCAUAAAUUUCUCUCCUAAAUUUCUCGAUAAACCCUAGAAAUGCUCCAACAACACACAAUCAGUUCUAUCGAUUGGAAGCCGUCGCCGGUAAUAGCCCUAGCCACCAGCGCGGACGACUCUCAGGUCGCCGCCGCUCGUGAAGAUGGCUCUCUCGAGAUUUGGCUCGUAUCUCCUGGCUCCGUCGGCUGGCACUGCCAAUUGACGAUUCAUGGUGAUCCGAAUUCGAGAAUUUCGUCACUUGUUUGGUGCCGUACGAGUUCCAAGGGUUCUACGUCUGGGAGACUGUUUUCGUCUUGUAUCGAUGGGUCGGUGUCGGAGUGGGAUCUUUAUCAAUUGAAUCAAAAGACUGUGCUAGAAUCAGUAGGAGUAUCGAUAUGGCAGAUGGCAGUGGAGCCGCUAAGGAGCGGUAGGGGAUAUAUCGAACACGAAGCACAUAGCAAUGGAAAUGGGGUUGUGAUAGAUAAUAUUAGUGAGCACAGUGAAAGUAGCGAUGAUGAUGAUGCGGUUGAGCUUAAUGAACUUCCAUUAGUGGAGAAUCGUCGGUUAGCUCUUGCUUGUGAUGAUGGUUGUGUGAGAUUGUAUACCAUCCCUGAUACAAAUGAGUUGACAUACCAUAAAUCCUUGCCUAGGGUCAGCGGCCGAGCUCUUAGUGUGACUUGGAGUGCUGAUGGGAAUUUCAUCUAUUCAGGAAGUAGUGAUGGGUAUAUUAGAUGCUGGGAUGCAAAACGCGUGCAGGAAAUAUAUAGGAUAACCGUUGGUCUUGGAGGUUUGGGAACAGGGUCAGAACUUUGUGUGUGGUCACUACUUGCACUAAGGUGUGGGGUUCUUGUGAGUGCUGAUAGUACUGGCAGUGUUCAGUUCUGGGAUAUUAAGCAUGGAACAUUGUUGCAGGCUCAUUCCCUUCACAAAGGCGAUUCGUACGCUUUGGCUGCUGCCCCUUCGCACGAUAGGGUGUUUUCUGCCGGUUCUGAUGGCAAGGUGAUUUUAUAUGAGCUCUCUGAUGAUUCUCUUGGCUCUAGUCAAAGUAGCAAAGUAUCAUCUGAAGUCAGGAAGAGUUGGGUUUAUGUUGAUAGCAGAAGCGCUCAUACGCAUGAUGUUAGGGCUCUGACGGUGGCUGUGCCUAUUAGCCAGCAAGAUAUGCUCCCGGAUGGAAAGGUUAAAAGAGUUCGCACAAAAGAUAAACCUGUCGACUUCAGCUAUCACAAGUGGGCCAAUUUGGGGGUUCCAAUGCUUUUAUCAGCUGGAGAUGACACUCGAAUGUUUGCAUACUCUGCCAAUGAGUUUACAAAGUUCUCUCCUCAUGAUGUCUGCCCUGCUCCUCAAAGAGUGCCUGUGCAUUUGGUCCAGAACUCUGUUUUUAACAAGAUGCCUUUGCUUCUAGUUCAAGCCUCUAAUGGAGUUGAUAUCCUGUCUCUUAAGUUGGGUAAUGGCACUGGCCCUGAUAAGGCUCAAGGUGGAAAGGCAGCAACUAAUUUAUUGGCUCGUGUCAAUAGCAAGGGAUCUGGAAAGAUUACAUGUAGUGCUAUAUCUCCUUCUGGGUCACAAUUUUGUUUUUCUAAUCAUGUCAAACCUAGAUUGUUUAUAUUAAGGAAAGGCGAAGGUUGCAAAAGUGCAUGGGUUAUUGGUAAAAGACAACUUCCUGGCAAACUGCCUUAUGCUCAUGCCAUGGUUUUUACUUCAGAUUCGUCCCGUUUAAUUGUUGCAGGAAGUGAUAGAAGAAUAUACGUUGUAGACCUUGGAUCUACAGAAAUGUUGCACGUUUUCACACCUUACCGUAAGACCCAAGACGAGUAUUCUCCACCGAGUGAGCCUCCUAUAACAAAAUUGUUCACGAGUUCUGAUGGACAAUGGUUGGCUGCUGUUAAUUGCUUUGGAGAUAUAUAUGUCUUCAAUAUGGAGUUGCAGAGGCAACAUUGGUUUAUAUCAAGAUUAGAUGGUGCUUCUGUUACUGCUGGUGGAUUCUCUCCCCAGAGUAAUAAUGUGCUUGUCAUUACAACAUCAUCAAACCAAGUAUAUGCAUUUGAUGUGGAGGCCAAACAACUGGGUGAAUGGUCAAGAAAAAACUCUCUCGCUUUGCCUCAGAGGUUCCAGGAAUUUCCUGGCGAGGUUAUUGGCAUCUCAUUCCCACCAUCUGCGAGUUUAUCUUCUAUUAUAGUCUAUAGCUCAAGGGCUAUGUGCUUGAUUGACUUUGGAAAGCCUGUUGAACGAGAUGAUAGUAAUGACUUUGUCACUACUGACAUGCUUAACGGUUUGGAGUCGGUAUCAAAGAAGCUGUUAAACUCAAAUGGAAAGCUGAAGCGCAAAUUGCAACAGCCUGAUAUGUACAUGAAGCUGUAUGGUAGAAAGAAUUUUGAAUUCGUCCAGUUCAAACACCCUGUUUUAUUUGUUGGUCAUGUUUCCAAAAGUUCUGUUAUAGUCGUAGAAAAACCAUGGUUGGAGGUGGUUAAGAGUUUCAAUAGCCAACCCAUUCACAGACAUAUAUACGGUACUUGAGCUUUACUACCCAAACAGGUGUGGGUAUGCAGAGUUCCUCAGUGAUAAGUUUUUUUUGUCGUUUGCCAGGAGAAGGCCCAAGUUGGGGCGAUCAAUUUUGGUGUUGCAGUAAUCACUUCUGUGCCUUUUGGCGAUGAAGUGUGUUGUGUAUCAUUUUCACUAAUAUUUCAAUCUAAUGAGCUAAUUCAUUUCAUCUGUUAGUUUCAUUUCCAAGUUAGCAAGGGGUGUGAUUUUCAUAUGAGACUUUCUCCAGGCCGCAGUAAGUGCAUCUGUAAAUAGGGUUACAAGAACAAAAGAGGAUACUUUUUUUUUAUUGUAACAAUAUUUAUUCCAACUUUUUCCUUGA